UCCGUCCACUUGUGGCGCUAAUGCUACCAAAACUCAGGUAAUAGAAGCGCAAGUCAAAGCUUGUUUCACCCGCUGCAACAGACGACGAUAUUUUACAAAAUUGAAAACUGUUUUACUGAAUUAGCAAUAACGUUACUUAUGAGGGAAGAUAUACCAGUCCAGACGACGCUUCAGCGCGGAGAAAUAUCUUAAAACACGACUUUUUGCCAGAAAUAUGCCAGAUGGAAUUGAGUCAGAGCUUAAGGUCAAACAGCAGUUCCAGGAGCUAUGUGAUGCCUUCAGACAUCAGCUGAUGGAGACGCAGAGGAGACACAGAGCAGAGCUGGACAGGAGGAUGCAUCAGAACUCAUUUAUUUCAACAAACGUUGAUCAAAAGUCUAGUGAUGUGAAAGAGCUGAACCACCCAACCAAUCACAGGAGGUCUGUCUCAGCAUCUGCCCUAACCAAGGAGUCUACACACCAGGGCAGACAGUCAGAACGACCCAGCUCAGUGUCUCCAGCAUGGAAAUCUUCAUCCAGGACACCAGAGCGUCAUCAGCAAGCGUUAUGUACAAGUCAGCGACACAAAGAGGAAGAGGCCGAGGCCGAGUGUCAGAAGAAGUUCUCCGCUCUCCCUGUGCCCAGCCACGUGAGUCUGCCCCUCUAUCAGGAGAUGAAGGAACGGAGAGAGGAGCAGAGGAAGCAGGGCCUUGAGCAGAGGAAAAGGUUUCUGCUCGCCAUGCAGAAACCUUUCAGCUUCACAGAGAAAGAAAAGGAGAAACGGGAGAAGCUGUUAGCAAUGUUAAAUCAAGCCAAACAGGAUCCAAAAUCCAAAGCUGCUGCUGCCAGGAAACCUACCAAAGUAGUGAAGGAGUCGUCAGACGCCGACCUGACAGCCCGAUGCAGAAACCCCCACACUCAGUCCAAAACUCCACACAGUCCAAACCUUCGUGCUGCUGAUCGCACCAAGAAGGAAAAGCUCGGCUUCCUGGACGAGAGGCCGACCUUCCAGCCGAGGAUCAUCCCUCAGGUCCCAGAUUUUGUCAGGCUGCACAAGGCCUUCCAGAUAGAGGUGCUGCAAAAUACAGAGAGGAAAGAUGUGACAAAGUGUCAACCCUUUUACCUGAGAACGUCAGCUCUUCCUACAAGGCAAAGUAAGACGAGCACUAAAAACUCACAGGAACCACACAUACAUCAUGUCAGUAGGAGUAGAUCACUUGGGGCUUUAACAUCUCUGUCCACUGACAUCCUCCCCACUUACAUUACAGAUGCUGCAAGAAAGCGCUGCAUGGCCAUCAGAAAAUCAAUGGAAAUGAGGGAUAGUAAGAAUCAAGAAAGUGCAGAGUGGAUGAAGAAGUACCACAUGAGGUCCCAAACUAUGAAGAACACCAUUGUUCUCCAUGCGAAGAUCCUGGACCCACACAGCAGCUUCAAAGAAGUGUAUGAUGAAAAAGUACAGCAGCAUCGGGAAGCUGACCAACAAAGGAUGAGAGAAUACAAGAGGGACUUACGGGACAUGAAGGCACGGGUUCGUGAACGCCCAUUUUUGUUUGAGCAGGUUAAACGGAGAAAUGCAAAGGUUCAAGCGAUAAGAACAUUCAAGAACGAACUGAAAAAAGUUGGCUUAGAGGAACGUUUUGUUGAAGAAGUCGGAGAGGCGGCGGACGAAACAUCAGCCUCAUCCACAUCCGAGUGCCAUAGAGGCGUGAACCACCGCAGCACAGAAAAUAACAACCAUAGCAGGGAAGAAAAUGUAGACGAUGGAGAGAAAAUUGAAGAUGUGGAGGAGAAGAGCGUGAAGUCCAGCAUUGAAGAAAUGCCAUGAUCAAAAAGGUUCAGGCGGUACUGAGUUUUUUGUGGCCUGUCUUCUACAAAACAACACAGCCCUUAAAAAAUUAUUCAUGUCAUGGCUAAACCACACAUUUGAUUGUUUCGGUUGUGGCACCCAUUAAUUAUGAAAUUAUAAAACGUGUGAAAUUCAUGAUAAAAGUUGUAAUUUAUACAAUUCAUCAAUAACAUUUCAUAGAAUAGAUUAUAUAAGCAAAUAGUAUUUAAUAGUUUCUUACUG